GUGUGUGUGUUCGUGUUCACUGCAUUCUCCCACGCGUGGAUCUGGUCAGUGGUAUUGCACAGGAAACGCAUACAGAGAGGACGAGGGCAGAGUCUCCUCGCUGGCUUGCUUGCCGGCAGGUUCAGCUGACAAGUGAAGUCAGCGUCCACCGGUCGUCAGUCUGUUGCCUCGGGAGAUGCGAUUGGGCAUCAGCGGCUCUGGUCAUGUCAAAGAAGAUGUGGAGUUCUGAUGGAUCAAAGUGGAAGAAAGGACGAGGAAGUGUCAGCGAAAGAAGCAAAGGCGACAGAUGGAUUAAGGGAAAUGUGUGAAGGAGGGUUUUUCUUUUGAGUGAGAUGAGGUUACGAUUCAGGAAAAUGCAAAGACAGGAGGAAAUCACUGAAUUAAGCAUUACGAAAAGGAAGAAAAAGUAAUAGUCAGUAUUUAAAAAGACCAGAGCACUAAAAAGGCAAGAAAGAAAAGAAGAAGAAAAGAAGUCCAUGGCGCAGCGUUAAAUAGGGAGGGGUGUAAAAAUAGAGAGAUAUUGUAUGUGGAUCCUAACAAAGCAGAACGUGUGAGAGAGGAGGUUGAGGAGAAAAUUAGAGGGAAGAGAAAACCUGCAUGGGGCAGGCUGGCGGAGGGAGGCAGAGUUGUAAACACAAGGGAAAGGCAGCGACGAAGACGGCGCAGGGAGCUGCCACCGGAUGGAAAGCUGGGUAGUGUAGCGAAUGGAUGGAGAGGGAACUCCAGUCUGGGUGAAGGAAACCCAAUAGCAGCAUGUCAUCACCCGCACCAUGAGGGCUUCAAAGAUUGAGGCUAAGGAGGCUUGCGAUUGGCUGAGAGCAGCGGGGUUUCCACAGUACGCCCAGCUUUAUGAAGAUUCUCAAUUUCCAAUUGAUAUUCCCUCUGUGAAAAGGGACCAUGACUUCUUGGACCGGGAUCUGGUGGAGCCUUUAUGUCGACGUCUAAAUACUCUGAACAAGUGUGCCUCCAUGAAACUGGAUGUCAGCCACCCCAAAAAGAAAGGUGAUGACUCUGAUGAAGAUGACCCGUUGGCUAUCAGUAAACGUUGGACGUUCGAGUGGAGCAGCAGACGUUGGUCUCGUCUACAAGACUUCCUGUUGGACAGCACCAACGAAAGCAGCCCGACGGGUCAGGGGGAGGGUCUGCACAGCACGGUGAGCAUCGAGAGCGUCCUGACAGACCUGAGCGAGCAGGAGAUCACGGAAAUCUCCUCGCUGCACAGUGAGGACUCGGCCUCCGCCAUGGCUGACUCUAUAUCCAUGGCGUCCCUUUCCGCUUCCUACCAACCACCCAGCGAGCUUCAACACUACAACUCCCUGCCAAUCAAGAGCGGCCGCCACGGGCAAGGAGGGCGGAGCAAAGCCAAAGACUUUUUGCGCAGAAUGGAAGUAAUGCGCACCUGGGGGCCGUCGACAAGGCGGAAAAGCUCAAAUCGCAGGCCACCGCUGGUCAUCAGUGAGCCCGUGUUACAGGGGGAGGAGCCUCACGCCCUGCAGAUGCUCCAAUGUACACCCAUCAGCCAAUUAGAACACAGCCCUAAACACAACCACCAAAGUGAUGGUGACACUUCAGAUGUCACACUCACCGAUGAAUGUAAAGCCCAAUCCAUAGUGAGAGUGAGCCCCAGCACUGAGACAGUGGCGCCCAAUGUGAAGGAGCCGGGGUGUUCAAAACCCCGGACUGCCAGCAAGAGAAGCAGCAUGUAUCUGGAGGAUAUGGAGCUGCCGUCUCAGGGCAAAAGGACUGAAGGACAGAGCCAGUUUGGCAGAAACCAGUUUCAUUCGUAUGAAAACCUCCUCAUUCACAUCCCCAAAGACCAUAAACCCGGCACCUUUCCAAAAGCUCUGUCCAUAGAGAGCCUGGCGCCUUCCCCCGGUGACAGGAACAAUGGCCGCCAGACACACGCUCAUCCUUCUCCACCCAGCAACGGGCCGGGUGAACCCUGGUCUGAUAAACCCCUCUCCAAGCCCCCCUGUCCCGGAGCUCCACGGGGCAGCAGGGUGAGUGUAUAUGACAACGUGCCGGGCUCACACCUGUACGCCAGCACAGGAGACCUGCUGGACUUAGAGAAGGAGGACAACCUGUUCCCUCACCUGGAUGACAUCAUCCAGCACGUGAGCGGUUUGCAACAAAUAGUGGACCACUGGAGCCGCAGUGUGCUGCCCGAGGGGGAGACCGGGGAGGGGGAGGAGGAAGGGGAGGGCAGGACCACCCCCAGUGAAGGCGAGAGAGAUGGAGUCUCCUUGAAUGACACCGAUUCAACGGGCACCAGUCGGGAGAGGCGGGACUCUGGAGUUGGGGCGUCACUGACAAGACCGCGUCUGCGAUGGCCCAGUUUCAGAACCUCUGAUCAUCUCAACCAGCCGGCGUCUUCACUGCAGAUCAGCAGCCAAUCAGCAGGCCAGCUCAGCCUGCUGCAGAAGUUCUCUCUGCUCCGCCUCACCGCCAUCAUGGAGAAAUACUCAAUGUCUAAUAAACACGGCUGGACGUGGUCUGUGCCCAAGUUUAUGAAGCGCAUCAAGGUGCCGGACUACAAAGAGAGGAGUGUGUUCGGUGUUCCCCUCAUCGUGCAUGUCCAGCGCUGUGGUUUUCCGCUCCCUCUGUGUUUACAGCAGGCCCUCGGCCACCUCAGAACAACCUGUCUGGACCAGGUGGGAUUGUUCCGCAAAUCCGGCGUGAAGUCUCGCAUUCAGGCUUUGCGGCAGCAGUGUGAGCUGUCGCCCGACUCUGUGAGCUACGAGGACCAGUCGGCUUACGACGUGGCCGACAUGGUCAAACAGUUCUUCAGGGACCUGCCUGAGCCUCUGCUUACAAGCAAGCUGGGGGAAACCUUCCUGCACAUUUACCAGUAUGUCCCGAAGGAGCAGCGGUUGCAGGCCGUCAGAGCGGCCGUUUUGUUGAUGCCAGAUGAGAACAGGGAGGUUCUGCAGACGCUGCUCUACUUCCUGCGCGACGUCACUUCACUGGUGGAGGAGAACCAGAUGACGCCGAUGAACCUGGCCGUUUGUCUGGGACCCUCGCUCUUCCACCUCAGCAUACUGAAGAACGAGACGCUGUCACCAAGGUCAAUCCAGAGGAAGUACACCACAGGCCGUCCCGAUCAGAAAGACCUGAGUGAGAACCUGGCCGCCACCCAGGGCCUGGCACACAUGAUCGCUGAGUGCCAGCAUCUGUUUCAGAUCCCGGAGGAGAUGGUGACCCAGUCUCGCAACUCCUACAUGGAGGCUGAGCUGAUGGUGCCCCCUCUGGACGAGCUGUGCAAGGCUCACGAGGAGGAAGGGGAUGAGGAUGAAGAAGACGAGGACGAGGAAGGGUCCUAUCAUGCACACGUGGAAAGCCUGGUCCAGAGCCUGCUGAAAGAAGCCAAAGAUAAGAGCAAAGGCUGGGUGUCUCGCCCGACUACUGACCAUCCAGAACUGGCAUUCAAAAAGGUGGGAGACGGGAACCCGCUGAGGCAGUGGCGAGUGUGUGUGGAGGUGCCCGCAUCUCCCACUGAGGUGCUGCAGCGGCUGCUGAGAGAGCGCCCCCUGUGGCAGACUGACCUACAGCAGGAGAAGGUUCUGGAGGCGCUGGAUAAACAGACAGAUGUGUACCAGUAUUCCUGCUGCAACAUGGCACCUCAACCCGACUGUGACUAUGUGGUACUAAGAUCAUGGCGCACAGACCUCAUGUGCAAAGGCUCUUGUGCGCUUGUGUGUGUGUCCGUGGAACAUGACGACAGCCCACGCAUGGGAGCGGUGAGGGGAGUUGUGCUGGAGUCACAGUACCUCCUCGAGCCCUGUGGGAUGGAGAGGACCCGGCUCACACAUAUCUCCAGAGUGGACCUCAGGGGAAGAUCUCCAGAAUGGUACAACAAGGCCUUUGGUCAUCUUUGUGUUAAUGAAGCCCAGAGGAUCCGCUCCUCUUUUCACCUUCUAGAUCAGACGAGCACUGAGGCCAAGAUCUGAACCCCAGGAAAACAAGCUUUGUCUUGGGGUCAGACUGCCAGAGCCAGCGGGCCUGAGAGCCGGUGAUCCAGGAGGGGAAUCAUCCAGACAAUGGACUUUGGUGUCUUUCCAUGCUGCUGAGCCACACAGAGCUUUUCUGUACCAUACUGUACUGAGUUACAGUCAUUCACACUCACACACAGAGAAGAAUAUUUUUUUGUCAUGCAAUUCUGUACAGGCAUCUUAAAACACUAAUUUAUUUUCUAGGCUAGUUUUUAUACUAUAGAACAAACAUUAGUUUCCAGCCUAUUUUAUUUUCUUAUAAUUUCAUAUAACUGGUUCUUAACUAUGUGCAGGUAUUGGAAGGAUAAGUUUGUGUCAGUGAGUAUUUUCAGUAUUUAUUACUCCAGGUCCUUCUUCAAAAUCUUCCAGUAUCUUGCGGAAGAUGAUGAUGAUGAUGAUGAGGCGGUUGCCAUAGCGUUAGGGUUAAUGUUGAAUCUGCAAAACCUUAAUUUGACUAUUUAUUGUAAUAGAUUACCUAACUGAAGCCUACAGAUAAUUAUAACUGAUUUUGCAGUCAUGUAUAAUCAAAGUGGGUAUGGAAGUUAGUCAUACUUGAGUAUACCUGUAUUUGUAUUGAUAGAUAUUGAUUGAAAUCUGUCCCAACUCCAUCUCUUUAAAGUGCCGCAUGUAAAUGUACAUGACCAAUUUGAUUGAAACUAGUCAUAACAAUUUCUCUUUUUAUUGGAUAGACCUGAAAAACAGGACACAUUCACCCCAGUCACAAAAAACAAAAUUGACUUUAUCUGAUGAGGACACUUAAUCUACACUUGUUAACGGAUUAAUCCAUCAAUAAACUAAUGCAAAGUGGACCUCCUUACAUAUCCACAUCUUUAGCAUGCACUUAAUUAUUAGAGAGCCUUCUACACAUACUGUAAAGACGCAAAAAAGGUCUGUGCUCUAAAAAAAUCCAUAGGAAUGACCGAGACCAGUACAACAUGGAUACACGACAGCGCUACAUUGUGAAAGGUGAUCGGGGAUCGGGAUCACAGAAGGCGGGAACACUCAUCGGGUCCGUAAAUUUGCUUUAACCCUGUUCUGGACACGUUGACUUGGAUAUCACUGUUGAUCUAGUUCUGUCACUAUUGCCAGCGUUAAUCUUAUCUAAAUGAAAUGUUAUUUUAAAGUUAUCAUUGUCAUAAUAUCUCUUUAUAAGGUAUCAUUGUUCCUUUGAUUCUUUUCAUUUUAUACAAUGUCUAAGACAUGUGACCAUUUCACUGCUUCUGGGAAGCUUGAUUGAAAUUUUGCAUGAGUGGGUGUGUGCAUGGACGUUCCUGGGUAUCUGCAUUGUAGAUGUAUACGUACUGCCUGUGUUACAGCGGCGUCCAGAAGUCUCAGAAAUCGGAGGGAAAGUGGUUUCAGACGUCUCGAACCCCACUGUAAUACUGGACGCUUUCUGUGCUGCGCCGGCAGAUAUCACACUUCCGAGCUUUUCAGGUUCUUCCUAUCAUAUUGAUAUGCUGAAAUGCAAACUUUUCCACACAGCAUCCGGCGAAAGCAAUAGCAGACUAAAGCUUGCUCUGCCAUGGCAAUGCUUUGGCUUUGUUUUAUUUUAUUUUUGUUUCCGCUGUGAGCAGUGUUGCUAUGGUGUUGCUAUGAUACAGUAUCUCUACCGUGCCACCAAAAUCCCAUGUGGAUGCUGCUUGUUGGUGAACAGUGUGUGCGCGCGCGCGUGUGUGUGUAAAUAUGUAUGUAUGAGAAAGACAAAGACAGACAAAAGAGUGAGUGAGCGACUUGAGCCUCUCGGCUGUGUGCGGAGGGGCCCCAAAACGGAGCCGAGUGGCUGAUUUGUGCUUGGUUAUUUCUGACAAAGUGACAGAAAUUGGAACCAUUGUUUCUAAACAAGAGAAUAAAUGAAUUCAACAAAAAAAAA